UUCGAUUUUGCCCAACACUGGGUGCGGGUGGGGCGUUUUUGCCCAAUUUUUCUCGAAAAAACCAACUCGCGUUCGAUUAUUCCAAGUGUUAAUUAAUCUCACAACUAGGCGUGUUAAGGAGCGGCUCAAACCACCCCUCGUUUCAAUUACCCCAAUCAUGGCCACGUUUUAUGCCAAUCCGAACGAUACCAACGAUCCCUGGAUCGAAAAAGCGGCUUUUAACGGUUUCCGAAAUUGGCACGUUAUGUUUUUUUGCUUCUCAGGCCUCACUGCUAUCAUGAUCCUGAUUUGUUGCUGCGUCAAAUUCAGAGUACCUCGAACGAAACUAGAGAUCGAGGGCGAUUACAAGCGAAAAAAAUUGGCCGAAAAGUUCCAAGAGCGACUCCGCUUGAUCCAGAAACAAGACAUGGACAUUUUGGACUUGCAACAAGCCUUGAAACUCAUUCAGGAGGAUUUUGACCAAGAAAAUGCCAAGAUCCAGGCAAAAGUUGAUUUGCAGCAAGUGACGUCGAACUAAUCAAAUUCGCGCCAAUGUUUUUGCCGCCAAAUAAUUAUUACACAAAUCCGGGUUUUUGUAUUCGUUAAAUUUGUUUAAAAUCAUACACGAAAAGUUUGAAUAAAUAAAUUGUUCUGGAACAAAUAA